CAUGGCAGAUUGCAUUAGCAAAUAUGCCGCAAACAACCCAGAAGUGACAAUAAUACAGGACAUAGAAGAAAGUCGCUUUUCUGUGGUGCUGGUAACUCCUUUCAUGAGGAGAGUGCACACUCAGUUCAGAGAGGCUGGAGAAAUCGUCUUCGUGGAUGGCACAGGAUGUGUUGAUCAGCUCAAUACAUCUGUGAUACCCUUCCUCUGCGCUGGACCAGCAGGAGCUGCUCCUCUUGCUCUGCUGUUUACAUCUUCCCUAGAUGCAGCAAUGCUUACGAAAGGCUUUCGUAUGGUAAAACUAGCUGUCGGAGAAAAUGCGUUCUAUGGGACACAGUCACCAGAAACGUUCAUGACCGACAACUGCAGCGCUAUGAAAGGAGCCUUGGCAGCAACCUGGCCUGCAGCUCGACAGUUUUUGUGUGUUUUUCACGUACUCCAGCAAGUGUGGCGAUGGCUACUAGACUCCAAACAUGCCAUAAAAAAGGAGGAUCGCCAGGAGAUGAUGGCUACCGUGAAGUCACUGGUAUAUGCAUCAUCGAAGGGUGAUUUCUUCAAAGCUUGGCAAGAGUUCAAAGCUAAUCCUCUUUCACAGAGGUACACCAACUUCAGCAGCUAUCUACAAUCAUUAAUGGAUAGGAGGGAAGAGUGGGCCAUUGCGUUCAGGGAAGGUGCAAUGCUACGGGGUCACCAUACGAACAAUUUCUGCGAGGCAACCAUGUGCAUCAUAAAGGAAGUUGUUCUUAACAGAUGCAAGGCAUACAACCCUGUGCAACUUAUUGUUUUCAUGGCCGAAAUAUUCAACGGCUACAUGAAAAAAAGACUGGUAGACGUUGCACUAGGGAGACGGAAAGUGAAGAACAUCAGUAUGGGCACACUUUCCCUGGAUGCAGUAACCCCCCUAGGAGGAGGAAAAUUUCAAGUAGCAAGUCAGUCUAAGGCUUCAGUUCAAUACAAAGUGGACAUGCAAACUGGCUUUUGCGAGUGCGUUGUGGGACAGACUGGCUCGCUCUGCAAACAUCAAGCCGCGUGUGCAGAGCACAGCAUGGUAGUUCUGCCCCAAGUUUUCACUGCCACAAGUGAAAACAGGCGAUGGCUGGCGUCUGUGGCAGUGGGCGAGGAAAAAAACCCUCCAGCAAGUUUUUUCGAGGGAUUGCUGGAAACACCAAAAAAAGUAGCGGUCUAUGCACUAAUGGAGCUGGCCGAGGAAAAAUUCCGUGCCAGCCAAGCUCGGUUUCACGGCGAGGGCCAGGCAAACCAAGAGGAGCAGCACCUCUUGGAAAAGGACGCCGAGCCAGUGGUGUUGCAAAAGACCGCAAAACCAAACGGCCACGAAGUUUGUCAGCUAACAUUGCCGACAACGUAG